UGCGGAAACUAAUACAAAUCUUAUUAAAGGAAAUAAUUUUGAUUCUACAAAAAAUAAAGAUAAUUUUGUAAUAAUCGAACAAAUGAAAUCACAACAAUUAUAUGAUACAAACUAUUUAAAUCAAGAGCAAGGGUCCCUAGUUGCACAAAUAUUAGAGACUCAGAGGAAUCUGACUAACUCGAUUAAUUUGGAUAUAACUUCCAGAGUAAUUAAAAAAAAAAAUGGCCUAGUUAUAAAAAGUGGAACAUUAACGAAACAAAUUGAAAAUCUUCGAAAUGAUAUACAACAAUUAGCCAGUACGUCAAACCCAUUGGGAAAAAUACUAGAUUUAAUACAAGAAAACACAGAAAUAAUGCAAAAAGAAUAUUCGAUUUUGAUCAGUCAAAAUCUAAAUUUGAAAAAAUGUUUCAAUAUAGAAAAUAAGCAACAUAUGACCAGUAUCACCAAAACAGCGUAAAAUAACUCUUCCACUAGAAAAUAUAGUAAUCCAUGUAA